GGCAAUGUUAUCCAUAAUAGUAUUUCAUCUUCAUCUCUAUCCCAAAACAGAAACCCCCCUCUCUCUCUCUCUCUCUCUCUCUAGAUCUCUAGAUCUCUAGCUCUCUAGCUCUCUUUAAGCAAUCAAGCUCUAGAGCUUAAUUUCCUAUCAGGAAUCAACCUAUGGAGUCUUUUCUUGGUGGGAAACCCAAGGAGUCGCAUUCUGAGGAGCAACACACAAGCCACGGCCAGAAGCACCCACCUUCCAACUCGGAACUUAUGUCCAGUGCCAAAUUGUUGGCUGAUGCUGCGAAAUCCGGCUACGGCCAUGAGAUGGAAAAGAUUGAUAAAGGAAAAGUCGCUGGCGCCGCUGCUGAUCUGCUUAGUGCCGCCUCCCAUUACGGCAAGCUAGAAGAUACGGGUCUGGGAAAGUAUGUGGAGAAGGGUGAGCAGUACCUUCAUCAGUACUCCACCACUACUACAACUACCCAUUCAACCACUAGUACUGAUUCAACAGGAAAUGCAACCCACUCCACUUCCCACACCACAACUACUUCAGAAUCACAUCCAAGUGGUCAUGGUAGUGGUGGUCAUGAUGAGAGCGGUGGUGGUGGUGGUGGUGGUCAUAGUGAGAGCGGUGGUGGGUAUGGGGACUACAUCAAGAUGGCUCAGGGCUUCCUCAAGAAGGACUGAUUUCUUCUGUUGGCUGUCUCAAUAAUUUUCAUAAUUAAUGUUUUUAGUUAAAAUCUCGCUUGGGGUGUGGUCCUGUAUCAGGACUUGUAUGUGAUGUUAGUGCUCACCUAUGUUCUAUUUAUCCUCCAAAAGUUAUGGAUUUUAGCAACUAUCA